AUGGUAAAGGCGACUGUUGAUAUUCGUAGUCAAUUGGUUGGUUUGGUUAAUACGAUAGCGGGUCGCAACAUGGAGGACAUGAAUUCGCUCAAAUCAAGCGUCGCUGGAGGCUUACAAAGUCAUAAGAAGAUGUAUGUGGUUGAGAGCAAAGCAGGAGCUAUAGGAUGUAUGAUACUUUCGUUGUGUUGCUUAGGAAAUUGGCCAGCGAUUUUGACACUAUUGGAGAGAAAAUGA